AUGGAAACAAGUGAAGGAAGACCCUUGUCUGAAACUCCAACGUGGGCAGUUGCAACCGUUGUCACAAUUUUGGUUGCCGUUGGCAUCUUCAUCCAUGCUUGUUUGAAGAGGUUGACCAAGUGGUUGGAUGAGACUAAAAGGAAACCUUUAUUAGCUGCAUUGGAGAAGAUCAAGGAUGAACUGAUGGUAUUUGGAGUGUUGUCAUUGCUAAUGGGUCAUUGGAUCAUUUUUGUGGCCAAGAUAUGUGUUAAGUCAUCGCACUUAAGUACUCGCCGGUUCUAUCCAUGUGAACCUAGGAAGAUAAGUGUGAGGGAGAAAGCUUUUCUCAAUCAAGCAGCCCUCUUGAGGGUAGUUCACAACCUGAGUUCUUCAUUAUCAGCAGAUUUAGACGAAGAAAAGGAGCAAAGUUUUUGUCCUGAGGGCCAUGAAUCAUUUGCUUCUCGGGAAAGUCUGGAGCAGCUCCACCGUUUCCUUUUCAUUCUCGGGGUCACUCAUGUGUUCUAUAGCUUUCUUGCACUUGCAUUGGCCGUGUUCAAGAUAUACAGUUGGAAAGCAUGGGAAAAUCAUGCCAAGUCUGUGGCUCUUCGAAUCUCACAAGAUUCUCAGGAAGCUAGUGGCACUGGCAGCAGGAUGGCUCGUUUAUCUUCUUUCGUCUCCAAUCAUACUUCUCAUCCGUGGAGCAGCCACAGAAUACUUGUUUGGCUGCUUUGUUUCAGUCGCCAGUUCUGGAGCUCAAUAAAUCAAGCUGAUUACAUGGCUUUGCGCUUAGGUUUUAUCACGACUCAUCAACUACCAUUGACUUAUGAUUUUCACAAGUACAUGAUUAGAAGCAUGGAGGAAGAAUUCCGAGAUACUGUUGGGAUCAGUAUUCCACUCUGGAUUUUCACCAUAUCAUGUGUUAUUUUGGGUUUCCAUGGAACACAUAUCUACUUUUGGCUUUCCUUCUCUCCAGCUGUUUUGAUCCUCCUGAUGGGCACCAAAUUGCAUCGUAUAGUGGUAAAGCUCGCUGUUGAAAUCACAGAAGCAACUCCACAGAUAGAACCUCAUAAAUUUAACCUCAGGGAUGAGCUCUUCUGGUUUGGAAAGCCUAGACUUCUGCUACUACUUAUUCAAUAUAUAACAUUUCAGAACGCAUUUGAGGUGGCAAUUUACAUCUGGUCACUGUGGGAAAUUAAGGGGCCAUCUUGUUUCUCGGAAGAACACGCCUUUGUUGCCAUCCGUUUGACAUUUGGGCUUGUGUCUCAGUUUUGGUGCAGCUUCAUCACAUUUCCUCUCUAUGUCAUCAUUGCUCAGAUGGGAUCCAAGUACAAGAAAUCAAUAGUUUCUGAAAAUGUGAGGAAAUCACUGCAUGGAUGGAUACACAAAGCAAGGAACCAAAAUGAAGGCCAUUAUCAUUCCCUAGUAACAACUGCAUCAGUCAACUCACUGGAUUCCCUGGUGGAUGAUGAUUAUGAUGGACAUGUUGGUAGUAGUAGUAAUAAUAUUGGCUCAAGCUAG